AUGCAGUUCACACAAACCGCCUUCGCAGCCAUUCUGGCAAUUGCAUCUUCAGCCGCAGCAUCUCCGCUCGCAGCUCGUCAAGCUACGCUUCAGGACUUCCAAGUCAACAAGGUGACUUCCUAUAGCCCGUCGGGACGGCCCGGCAGCUAUCCAUGGGCUCAGAUCACAGCUUCCGUGACCGAUCCCAACGAGAUCAACCUCGGCACAUCACAGUCUGACGGCAGCAACGUAACCGUGCCAGCAGGAAGCCAAGGCCUCAACUGCAAGGCGCAAUGGUACACAAAGGGCGAGUCACCCCUCGAUCGUACCUGGCCAUGCGAUGCCACGUCCAAUGGCUACUGGAUCAUGAACGUGCUCGCGGGAAGCAGCGGUUUCGCAACCGGUGACUUCAACCUGAAGUUCACGCACGUGGCCGAUUUGGUGUACCGGGGUGAGCAGUUCACGGAGUCGUUCGAGGCGGAGGGACACUUUGCGGUUGGGGACAACCUUUCUGGGAGCUGUGGUGGAAGCGGAAUUUGUACAUGGGGUCUGAAGAGUGCGAACACUCCGUUCGAAAUUGCGGUGACGAAGGUGUAG